UGAUCCCAUCAAAAUUACUUUGGCUGUCUAAAAUGUCCGUACCAUUUUCCAAACUUCCUCCAGAGGCGGGUGGCGGUGGAACCACCGAUUCGCCUGGAACUUCUGCCUGAAGCCGGACUGCCUAGCGCCGUCACUCACUUGCCGCGCGCGCUGAAGUCUAGUCACGCCGUCUUUCGCUCCGGCUCUGUGGCCAUGUGCUAGCUCAAUACGAUUGUUUGACAGGUGCGAUUAGCAGGCAUCACGCGCGAUAUGCAGCUCUAUCUUGAGGGGACGUGCAGAAGAGCUGCGGUUGUGGUGUUGCUGCUGGUCAUUGGCUUUGGAAAACAUACUGCUGGAGAUGUCACGAAGUGUGAGAAGUUGGCAUUUUUGACUGCGAUAGAAGAUCAUAGGACUGUUGUUGAGACCAGUCAAAAGCUACUGGCUGGAACUUGGGUGUCUGAAGGCUGUGAGGUGCGGCCAGGUCCUCAAUUCGUCCUAAGAUCCUAUACCUUUGACAGCGAUGGAAGGUUCAUGCUGAUCCAGCACCAUUACUGGGACAACUCGUGCUCAUCGCCUCAACUGAGCAUCAUCUGCUAUGGAAGAAUACAGAUGAGGACAUCCCUGGUGCAACCGGGGGCUGCCCGUGGGAUGACUAGGAUAUCAAAUAUCACGAUAAUUCCUCAAGAUAAAAAUGCAGCAAACGAACUGGAGAGAGUAUCAAAAAUCGAAUGUCCAGGUCAAUAUUCGAAAGCCUGGCGACAGUACGCUGAACAUACUGUAUACGACAGCCGUUACGAUGAGAAGAAGAAGACUUUGAAUUUGUGGACUUCCGCUUACGACCAAUCUUUGAACAGCAGAGGAAAUAACGUCCAUUCCAGCGACAUAUCCUGCUUGGGAGCUUUGAAAUGGGCUUUCAACGAAUUGAAAUUGCUGAAGAUACAGUUGCGACCGAUCAUCCACGAUCCCAAGAAGAAGUCUAAGGUUAUGAAGAUGGAACUGCUCUUAGGUGACAUCCACUCCAACUACCGGCUGAGGGAGUAUCAUACUCCCACUAGUUUCCAAGUACCUUUGGUGAAACAAAUUAAAGAAGAAACUACAGUAUUCGUGAAUAGACAUUCUUACAUAAUCACUAACACUAACACAAUCCCUGUUAUGAACACCUUCACUGAUAGCAAAACUCCUCCACAUCUUCUGGAGAAGCCACCGCUUCCACCGUACAUCUGGGGCGAAUGGACUUCUACCAGAUGUGAAGUAAGACCAAUGGGUUUGUAUCUCACCAGGAGGUUCUCGUUCUACUCUGAAGACAAGACAUGGAUUGGAGAUCACGAGUUUUAUGCAGAUCCUUACUGCAAGAUACCAAAGUUCACCGUGACUGCUGCAGGGCACUACGUUUUGAAAGGGCCUAGCAAAUCUAUCAAGGGGGCCAGUAAUAUUGACUUCCAUAUCGAGAAAGCCACCCUUACGGUUCUCGACCAAAAGAUGAUCUACAACAUGCGCCUACCAGGUCUCUGUGGCCAAGGCACUUGGCAAGUUGGCGUAGCCCAAGACCUGAGCGCUACCAAAGGCUGUCCACAACUAGGCAUCAUCUUACCUUCAGUCCAAUACGACAUCGUCAAGAUAGAGAUGGACUACAAGGGCCAGUGCUUGCUCUUCUUGGGACAAGUGGAGACGGACACACUGCAUUCCAGUACUGACCAAAGACCGUCUGCUUUUCAGUUGCCGCUGGUCAAGUGUGGCGAAGUUGCUGGAUAUUCCCAGGGAUUGAGGGAUAUUUUGGAUAACAAUUUGUAUUAUAGUAGUGCAAGCAGCUCGACGUUCUAUGCAUCUUUGACUAUGUUUGUUAUGGUCUUUGCUUUGACGUGUAAAAUUUUUUUUUGAAACAAAAAAGGAACUAAGGUAAAUCUUUGAAACAACGUUUUGACUUAUUUGCCAGAUACUAAGCAAAAAGUACUACCAAAUCUUUUGUUGUCAUGGAGGUACUGUUGGCAGGAUAUAUGGUCAUUCUGAUAAAGUGACAAGUUCGUUUAGGAACAGAUCCAAAUCAUGACUGAAGUGACAUAGGCUCAACACUCAGAUUUAUUGGAACAUAUGGCAAUACAGAGUGGGUCUAAUUUGAAGCACCUACAUAGAAAGUAGAAAGUUACUUGCUUUCGGCAGAGGUGUCUGAUGGAUGUGAUGCUGAAAAGACAUAUGAUCCUACGAUUUCAUACAAUCCAUACUCAGUUUUCGUAGAUUUUCUAGAUGUACAUCUUACUGGAAUGCCCAAACGGUAUCAGUAUUCCCCUUUUAAAGCUUAUAUGGAUAUCUGGGACUGGCUAGCUGUUACCUGAAUGUGAAAAUCACCAUGCACACGCAGUCUUCUCGUUCGAGUCGAGACGCAGUUAUCAUAUCAAUCUACGUAACUGCCCGUGUGCCAGGAACGAGAAACUGCGUAUGAGUGGUUCUUUUGACAUGCUAAGAAUGGUUUGUCAGUUCCAGAUCCUUCUGUUAUCCGUGUGUGAGUGGACAAUGUUACACACGGCGGACAUUUGGUGGCAUAUGGAACGCCAGAUUUUGAACAAUAAAUUUCAAAAAGACCCAAGCAAAUUUUGUUUUUGAUCUCAAUCUUUUCAUUUUUUUAUCUUUGCUUGUUAUAUAAGAAUGUAAAUAAUUUUGUACAAAAAUGAUUGUGUGAAGAGGAAAAUCACUUAUUUGCUAUACAGUCUAUUACUUCUUUCAUUUCCACGUACCUACUGUCACAAUAAUUUUUCUAUGAAAAAACUUCUUUUGCUUUAAAUAAUUUCCCCAGGACAACCGAAAAACCCACAUGUUUUAAACCACUUGAGCUACUUGCGACUUGAUUUGGUUAAAAUUGUGUGUGUCUUUUUCAAAUAGAUUGUAUGGCAAAUAAUGCGAUUUCUUAUGUGUAUGAUUGUAUGUAUUUUUAUGAGAUAGGUUGGGGACAACAUUACCAGUGAUUUUAGUUGUUAGCGACAUUUGUAGAUAUGUAUGUAGAUAAAAUGGUCUUUUGGGUGAUUACGUACUGUGCAUAGUUGAAAAAAUGGCAUAGUGUUGGUGCAUGUACAGUUUGGUAAAUAAUUUCGUUUGUAUGAAAGUUAGAUGCGCCUCGAACAAGUUGAGUGGUAGAAAUGGCUGCAUUUCUACAUUGUUAGUUUUUAUUGUUUUUCUGAGAUAUUUUACCCUGAAGUUGGAUUUGCUAAACUGUAGGUCCAACGUUGUAUAUUUUGAUAGCUGUAAAAAGAAAGAUGUGUGUAUUUCGGAGAGAUUCUUCCAUGUAUAUUGUUUAUAGCUUUUCGAUAUAUUUUCUACAGUUUAGAAAUAUGCGAUGUUAUUUUUGUAUUUUUAUAUUUUUAUGCAUCAAAAAUAAACUAUAUUGAUCAAUCA